CUCAACCAGAUUCGCGGUCCUUCCAUCCCCCCACAGGUGCUGGAGAAGGCUCAACGGCUGGUUGGUGCCCAGAAUGUUGCAACAGCCAUCUCCCUCGUCCGAUACCCACCGCAUCUGCAGCCCAUCAUGGAUUACGUGUUUGGCGGCCUUCUGGUCUGCCCGACACUGGACAUUGCGCGCAAGGUGGCCUUUCAUCCAGGUAUCGAACGUCGCACUGUCACCUUCGAUGGUGAUGUCUUUGAUCCACAGUCCCGCGUUCUGCAGCCGCUGCUGCGAACAUUCUUUUUGCUACACCUCACAUUAGAACUGCAGACACCGCGGGGUUACGCGGACCGACUUAUUCUGGAUGAGUUUUUCUUGGCCAGGAUCAAGUGUUGUGGCUAG